AUGACUGAUGCUUGGUGUCGUGUUUCUCGGAAUAAAAUUUAUCAAAACAAGUAUGGUGGUAUUUCAGUAGUUCCAAUUAGGUCAGACGUGCAUGAACAGGUAGUUAUUGAAUUUAAUCAGAUUGUUGGUAACGAAGGACCUGCCAUUGACCAAACCUUUGCGCUUCCUGAUAAUGUCGGUCCAGUUGGUAGUCCAUUUAAUAUGUACAAAAGCAUGCCGGAUAAUUUGAAAGAAGCAAUAUGUACGGAGAACGUACUCAAAGAAAAUAUAAAUGAUGGAAUGCCGCCACCUUCACAAGAUGUUCCUGAAAUUUGUUUUUUCUGUCAUAAAAAAGGCCAAUUGAAGAAAUGUAUCGGAUGUUUUACUGCAGGAUACUGCAAUUCAGAAUGCCAAGAAAGUGACUGGAAAAAGCAUAGGAACAACUGUGCUUGGCUUUUAGAGAAAUACAGCGUUUUGGUUAAAGUUCUUCCAUCGUCUUGCGGUUUACUUGGUGAUAAAUAUAUAUCAAUGGAGUCUGAAGUGAAGGCGGCAAACGAGUGGCUUGAACAAAGUGGUCCAGAAUACGCCGUAGCGCCUAAGCUUGGUAAACGAUUUAUUGUAAAAAUACAAGCAUGCGAUAAUUGGAGGAGAUCAAAUGACGGAGGCACCCUUUUUGCUAUAGAAGAUCGCAGCCUGACCAUUAACGGAGAUCUUGAUAAACAUGAACAUUCCGGUAUUUAUCAUCUUGUAAGAGAGUGUGGUUCAAACUGUCACUUUUAUGGAUGGAAGAAGAAGUUUUUUUGGGCUCUGCUUGCUAAGAACGAGAUGGUUCGUGUACUUAUUGGUGAUUUUCCAACUUAUCAGCGUUGGUAG